CUGCGUUAACAUUAUCUGUCUAUCGAAUCCCAUCUCCCUACCAAAGAACCUACAAUGGCGUCGUAUGUUGCUAAUGACAACAUCGUACGAGGAAUCGCAAUGUUCCUGUGUUUGGGUUGCGUAGCAAUGUCCAACCUUGCUAACUUGGUCGCGGCGGACUUCGGCACCGCCACCUCUUACAACCCUCCUUAUCUACCGACGAGGUGCAACGGCGGGAGGCAGGACCAGUUUCCGGCGGGGAACAUGUUCGUGGCGGUGGGGGAAGGGCUGUGGGACAACGGGGCGGCGUGCGGCCGGCGGUACAGGAUGCGGUGCCUCAGCGGAGCCAACCGGCCGUGCAAAGAAGGCACCAUGAUCGACGUCAAGGUGGUGGAUUACUGCCCAAAAUCGCCUUGCCCUGCCACCUUUUUGCUCUCCAAUGACGCCUUCAACGCCAUCUCCCACCACCCAAACGCCAAGAUCAACAUCGAAUAUGCUCAGGACAUGAUGAUGAUGAUGAUGUGGCGAUAUCGACGGGAGCGGUCACGUUAAAAAGAGGAGAUGGAACGUAUAGGAUGAUUGUAAAUUGUUUUGAUGCUAGCUCGAAGAAGAAUGAGCAUCAAGAGAUGAUUGUUGUGGUUUAGGUUAGAUCAAUGGUGGACUUUGUAAUACACGAUAGAAUAGAAUAGAAUAAGAAAUCAGCCGAUUGGAAAUCCAACUUCUUGGUUCCAAUAAAAUUGGCAUUCGCUAUCAUAACCAUAUACAU